AUGACUUCCUUAAUGAAUCCACUCCUUAUCACCACCACAAGUUUUUUCCUCUUCUUUACCCAUUUCCAGCAUUUUGCAGACGCCCAAGGACUGGGCGUAACCCUAGCCCGGGAGAUGCAAUCCCCGCCGUCCCCCAAAUCCAUCAUGUGGCUCCUCCGCCAGAAGUCCAUGAAGCGUGCCAAAGUCUACGACGCCUUCUUCGACCGGGACCUCCUCACCGCCCUCCAGGACACCGGCGUUGACGUCCUCGUCGGCAUGAACAACGCCGACGUCGGCCGCGUCGCCGCCGACGAUUCGUCCAACGAGGCCGUCAAGUGGUUGGAGUCCAACAUCAAGCCGUUCUACGGCCGGGUAAGCUUCCGGUGCCUCCAGCUCGGGUCGAAGAUGGCGCUUCAGGGGAACCACGAGAUCUCGACGCUGCUCCAGGCCAUGGUUCACGUCCAGGCCGCGCAGAAGAGGCUCGGCCUCGAUAUCUCGCUGGGAAUUGAUUUGGAUAAUGCGGCGCUGGCGGAGUCUUUCCCGCCGUCGGCGGCGGCGUUCGACGGGGCUAUAGUGCCGGUGCUGAGGCCGUUGUUGACGUUCAUGGAGCAUAAUAUGGGGACACUUGUUGUUUCCAUAUUCCCCAUGAUAAGGUAUGUGACGGACCCAUACUACGAGUACAAGGGCAUGAACAUCGACUACGCGCUCCUCAACGGCGUGUCGCCGGCGGUGACGGACAACGGCCUCCAGUACACCAACAUGAUGGACGGCCUCGUGGACGCCUUCUACACUUCGCUGAGCAAGCUCGGGAUCACGAUGCGGGUGAUCGUCGGCGAGACCGGCUGGGCGUCGGGAUCCACGGUGAAAUACGCCACCCCGAAGCUGGCCGGCGAGUACAUCUACAACCUGGCGGAGCGGCUGAGGAACAACGUCGGGACGCCGCUGAAGCCCAACUGGCCGGUGGAGACUUUCAUCCACACGCUCUACGUCCAGGACAAGAACAACAACGGGCUGUACAAAUGGUACGGAAUGUUUUAUCCCAAUGGGUCGCCGGCGAAUCCUUUCCUCAACCUUUGA